AUGUACAUACAACCGCCGCCGCCACCGCCACCGCCGCCGCCUUCAAUGCCUAUCAACAAGGACAACGGCGGUCAUCAGGACGGUAAGUGCCCUGUAUUUAUACGGGCAUUAGGUUUAAGGAAAAAAACACGGUGUUGCCGAAAACAAUGCAGCUAAAGGUAUUAUUAUUAAACGAGAUAUUGGAGGACGCGUGCAGUAGUGGAUGAACAAUGUAUUUGGUAAGGUUAGAAACAAUACAGGGAAAGAGACACGGCUCGGAGCACGAGAAAAUGAGAGUGUAUAAUCAGUGGCGCGUUCGAGGAUCUUCAUCGAUAGGGAACGUAUAGUAAUAUUAAUACCUAAUAAUCGUGAAUAAAAAAAGGUGUUCGCAGAAAAAAAGAAGACCGUAAAAUAUUUUAACUAAUACUUCCAUUUUUUAUAUUUUCCUGUUUUAUCGGUUUUUUAAAUUUGAUGAGAAAACUCCUGAGAAAAUCGAAAAAUAACUUUUCUAAAGUAUCUUCACAGUGAAAUUUCCUUUCAAAAAUAUUGCUACUAUUAAAAGUUGGAGCAAAAUUGCUGGUAGAAAAGUUAUUUAUAGGAAAACAUUUUUUGAUUUUCGUUAAUUUUCCUGUUUUUUUUUUCCUUUUUUGCAUUUGAUAAGAAAGCUUUUGAGAAACUUGAAAAAUGAUUUCCUUAAAGUCCCUCCCUACACCGAUUUCAUUUCAGAAAAGAUGCAACACGUAGAAAUCCGAGCAAGUCUUCUAGUAGAAAAGUCAUUAACUGAUAAAAAAAAAAUAAACAUCUUUGUAAAACGAUUAGCUUCUUAGCAUCAUUCAGAAUAUAAAAUGUAAGCGUACGUUUACUAUUUUUUUGAAUUGGAACGCAUGGGAAUCAGUUGUGGAUACAAAGAGGGGAUCGCCCCUUUCGGAGCAAUUUUUUUUUUUAUGUAAUACGUAUAUUCUACAAUUUUUUAUAAAAUAUAUAUACAUGUUUAAAUAAAAUCCACUCCUCUUUAAAAAAUCUCUGGAUCCGUCACUGAUGGAACGGUGCAUAUUUAGCAUUUUUAUCAAAAUGGAUUUUCAUUAAAAUUUGAAUUUUAAGCGCUUUUUUAACAAAAAUACCUUCAUUACAUCGAAUUUUUUUCCCACUAAUAGUAAAAUAAUUUAAUUAAUUGUAUAAAACCAAGUAAAAUCUUAAAAAAACCGAAAAUAUCAAAUGGCUAUAAAAAUUGAAAAAUUUCCAGAAUGGAUUUGAAAAUUGUACUAUGUUUGGAAAGUGCUGUACAGUGUACAUAAAUAAAAUACUGUACUUACAUAUGAUCAUUCAGUGAAAUUUCCGGCCUACACGAUUAUUGACUAAAUAAACAAAUUCGAAUACAACAGAAACCGUUACUAUAUAAAUGUAACAGAUACUAUUUUUCCCAAAUACCACAAAGAAAAUCCAAAAAAUAAUUACUUCAUUGCACCAAUGAUAUAAAUAUUUUUACUAGAAACAAUCACGUUUAGAGCAAGAUAGCUAUCCAGUAGAAAAGUUGUUUACAUACAAAAAAAAAAAAUAACGAAAACACACAUCAUAGCAGAACCUUAAAUAAACAUUAUCGAUUGAGUAAAUAAAAAGAUUGCUUGCAAUAGUGCUAUUGGUGUUUGUUUUCAGAAAUUAUUAAUUACUGAGCAAAGCUUCUUGUUUUAUUUGUCCAUUUCGAACACUAACCAUCCCAUUACAAAAAAAAGUUCUGGGGAAUUUAUACCGUAGUUGAUCCCCCGUCUAUGAUCAGUGCCACUAACUGCGUGCGCCACUGAAAACGGAACCAAUGCACAUUUGCUGUGAAAUAACAGUAUUGUAUUAAUAAGUUCACGGGCAAAAAUUUUUUUGUAAUAAUGUGGUAUAUUUAUUUUUUUUAUUGUCUUUUUCGUGACAGGAGGCGGAGUCUCGGAACCGACGGCCGUGUCGUCGGGUCACGACGGCGGAUACACCGGAAACGUUGCACCGCCUCAGCCCCAACGACGUGGCGCGCUGCAGCUAUGGCAGUUUCUGGUCACCCUGCUGGACGACCCGAACAACGCGUCGUGUAUUGUUUGGACCGGAAGAGGCAUGGAGUUCAAGCUGGUUGAACCGGAAGAGGUAUCUAUGUAUAUAUGCAUAUUAUGUAUAGUGUAUACAGGGUGUAAGACGAACAUCUGACACCUGAAAUAACUUUUGUUCUACUAAAUAUUCUACUAAUAUUAUAAAUAUGAAAGUUUGUGAGGAUGUAUGGAUCAAUGUUUGUUAUUUGUCAAACCUAAAAUUUAAAUUCCUUAAAAACUCAAAAGUGGGCUCAAAAUUUUUAGUGAUGAUACCGUAAGAAAAUAAAUGAAAAGGCAACAAAAAAAGUAUCUUGUGAUUUUUCGAUUAAAUCAUUUCUUAACGUCGUCCGUGUUACGUCUUACAAAAUAAUGAAAUCGUGAAAUUAUACGUUUUCCCACGUUUUUUUCCCCACUUAGUGCUUUUAUUUAAAAAGUGGCGUCGAAAAUCAAUAAAUUACCUACUUAAAUUAUUAUCUAGACAACAUGAGCUUUCAAAAAAGUUGCUACACGUAAAUAUCGGAGCAAGUUCAUUAGGAAAAACGCGUCCACAGACUAUAAAAAAUUUUUUAAAAAAUUAACAUUUUAGUAAAACCAAUAGCUACCUCGCUACGCUCGGAAUCUAAAAUAGUGUCCUAAUACGUAUUGAUGAGUGUAUGACAUAAUAUCAAAUAAUUCAUUGAUCUUAUAUCCUGUGGGAGAAAUAAAUAGAUUUAGAAAGAAAUAUCUAUAUAGAUGAAUAUAUGACACUUUUAAAAUUAGAACAUCGGCGAACAUAAUGAAAAACAUGGUAUGGCAAUGUGUUUAGAUAUUUGUUUUAACAAUUUGAACAAUAAAAUACGGUAUCCCCGCUAUGAUUCGACAUUUUUAAAUUACUUACAAUCUACAUCGUCAUAUCCUUUCGGUAUCUGCUAUAUAUUAUGAUAUUAUGUAGAUAUCAAUGUAUAAUAUAAUUGUUAUUAUUCGUAUUUUACUAUGGGAUCUAUCGUCAAUGUGUUUCGAGUGUUUAAUUUUUGCGCACAUACGCUGCAGGUGGCCAGAAGAUGGGGAAUUCAGAAGAAUAGACCAGCCAUGAACUACGACAAAUUGAGCAGAUCGCUCAGGUAUUAUUACGAGAAGGGCAUCAUGCAAAAAGUAGCUGGUGAGUAUACGAAAAACUUGCUAUAAUUUAUUAAGUAUAAAUUUACUAUUAACAAUAAACUGCAGGUUCCCUUUAAAUUGCAUAGUUAAUUAAAGUAGUGUUUUCCCCGUGUAACCAAGGAAACCCAGAAAUCAACAACAAAAAAAUCCCGAAAUGCCAACGUGAUGAACCGCCGUAUAAAAACCGAAAUUAAAAAUCUGAACUCCAGAUGUUAUCGGACUCCUAUUAUCUGUCUAAAAUUUCAAAUCUCUGCUCGCUACGGAUUUGUCCGAAACCCGUGUAGGUAUCGUCAUUUAUUUGUUGUUUUUAUUUUUAUUUUUUAAGAAAACUGUUUCAAAAGAAAUAAUUAAAUAUCACUGGAUAUUUACAAACCAAAAAAGUGGUUACGAAACUAAAAUUUAAAAAAAUGCAUCGACUGUUAGAUUAUAAUAUGAUGUUUGUUGCGUAAUAAUUAAUAAUCGCGUAACAUUUUGCCAAUUUCCUCAAUUAAGUAUCCAUAAAGUGUGGUAAUAAUAUAACGUAUCUAUAUAGCACGCUACGAAACAAUUAUUUCUUAAUGAACACGUGAACUACACAAUAUUAUUCGAAAAUAAACCAGCCGACUAUCGGAAAUGAAAAUGACAAAUUGAUUUAUUCGCGAAAAUGUCGUUUUUUUUUUUUUUAUAAUUCCGUCGGCUGUUUGCGGAAAUUUCACGACGACGGGGUGUUUUUGAGUGCUGUAGCUGUAGAUUGUAUUAUUAUUAUUACUUUUUUUCAACCGUUAAUUUUUCGACAUCCGAUUAAUUUUGAUAAAAUAAAUUGAAAUUUUAAAAUAUUAUUAUUUUAUUUGAUCGCUAUUCUCCCUAUGCUCACCGCACGGACUCUAUUCUAAUACAUAACAUUUUACUAUCACCUAAAACGUCACACGGACAAAAGCCAAAAUUGGUAGAGCCAUAGAAUGACUGUAAAUUUAGAUUUUCGAAGACUGUAAUCCUUCGUUAUCUACAUAGGUUAGAGUGCAGUAAAGUUGCGCGGAUAACGAGACGAAUAAAUGAGAUGCUAAAAAAAAUACGCUCCGAAUCUAAAAGAAGGUUAGGUUUUAUUUUUGUAACUUUUUUAAAAUUUAGGCAGUUAAUUAUUUAUUCAUACACAGACGCACAUAUUAGGACAUAUUAUGAAGGAUAAAAAAACUUAGUGUUAAAUAUUUGUUUCUUUGCGAAAUACUUUGUAUAGCGUCAGCUAUAUUCUUUCAGUGAGUGAGUCUGUCUCAAAAACUUAUUCAGGCAGUUGAUUUGCUAAUGAAGAAACUUCAUUGAUUAUUUUAGAGAACAAAGCCAGUUUCACAAGUUCCUUGUCUUCCUCUUCAUUCUGCUUAGAUUGUUUUGGUUUGUUCAGGGUUGCGGUAACUUAUCUCAGUUCCUCCAAUGUAAGCUUUUGAUCAUGGUUCACCAUCAUUUCUUCUAUGUCAUCUCUAUUUAUCUCAUAGAAACAUUCUACGUUCCCAGUGAUUUUAUCGACAAACACAACUUCCGGCUAUAAUUUUCGCCAACAAGCAUUUAUAGUCGAGGGUUGAACUUCAUCAAGUGAUUCUUUGACGAGAAAUACAACAAUGUACUUAAUGAUAUAAGAAAAAUUAUUUAACUAUAUGCAAAACAAAAUUACAGCGUUCUUAUAUAAUAGCGAUAAAAUAUAUGGAUUAUUAAACAAAAGGUAUUUCUGACUCAACCGCGGUUAAAAUUUCCGCAGAUUACUGUAUUUCAUAGCACAGAAUUUUUAAAAUUAUUAUUAAAGAAAAUGAUAAUCAGUGGCGGCUAGUCAGAUGAGGCGAACGAGGCGCUGCCUCGUCGACAGCUUUUUUGUUGCAAUAUUUAUUGUAUAAAUAUACGUAGUUAAUUAUAUAUGGUGAAAUUCAAAACCCCUAGUAAUUGAUAACGUGCAAAAAACAGUAUUGAUCGGUUUCAGAAAAAUGUGUAUUUUUACCUAUUAAAUAUAUUGAAAUUUUCAAAAUAAUUACUGUUUAACCCGAAGCCUAAAAUCACUAAAUAUAUGGUGCCGGUAACGUCAUAUCGUUUUCUAUAUUCGUCUUGUUGUGUAUAUUAUGUACAUCUCCUCCUCUUGUAAUUUUAAAAAUAUUAGUCUCGUCCCAUGUGGAGGCUCACGAGUCGCCACUGACAACAAUAACACAAUACAAUUACUAUUAUUAUUGUUCGAGGAGCUGGAAGCUGUUUUCAAAAAUUUCUCCCCAUACAAUUUUAAAAAUUAUUUUUUAACUUUUAAUGUUCUAUAAGACACAAUUUACUACCAUUAAACGUCCUUUAUGUUGAUGAUCGGAGUGAUGGCGUAUCAUUUUUUUGCGAGACGCAUGGCGUUUGAACAGUGUUCCACUAUAAUAAUAUACUCUCCACGACCCAAACUUAAAAGUGGAAUAUCUCGUUAACGGGAUGAUGAAAAUUAAAAAUAUCAACGUUAAAUUUUGUGGUAAACUGAAAAUUCAUAGAUUCAUAAUUUUUUUGUAGUAAAGGUUGCUAUUUGAAAAUCCAAUGUGUAUAAUCGUGGUUUUAUCCCUGAAAAUUAGUGUGACAAAAUCAACCGGUACUGUGACAUUUUACAGCUGUUCGUAUCUUGAAUUGUCUAACAUAGUGUCUUAUCGAGGACCAAGACCGUAGCUAGAAAUUUUCUAUGGGGGGGGGGAAUGUCCAGUUCCAUAAAUAGUAAUUUUAUGGAAGAUUUCAUUAUAAGAAAUUACAUUGAGUUACAUCAAAAUUGUGAGAAUAAAAUUGUAUAUUUUCAUGAUAACACUAAGUCAAUUUUUCUCGGCUAUUAGCCAUUUCUUCCAAUACUAUGGAUAUAUCCAUCGGGCGUGAUAACGAUAUAUCGGUAAUAACUUAAGCUUAAUUAAAUAAAAUAGCUUAGAUAAAAUAUUAAAUAACUUAACUUAACAUCAUUAUUUCGAGGAUCAAUAAUCUUUAAAACGCUUAGAUAUUAGGCAAAUGCAUUGGCAAGCUAAGAAAGUAAACGAAUAAGCUAUUAUUUAAAAAAAUAGAAAUGCAAUAAAACUGUUAAAUUUAAUAAUAACUAAUAAUUGUACUCUAUAAUAGUAAAUUACUUUAAUCAAUUUAUGAAAAAUACGUACUUGAUUUUGGUCAAUACAAAUAGGUGCUAAUUUUGAAGUAUUUGAAUGCAUUAUAACUACACUUGCUAAAUAUAAUUGUUAUAAAACGUCAACUAAAAAAAAACUAACGAUUUUAAGAAAUAAAUUCUUCACAAAAUCGUGACUGAUAUAAGUGAUAUCAGAGUAACCGGGAAAAUUUAUCAUUUAUCAUAAUUACAUAGUGUAGUGACAUGUACGUUGUGUAAACAGGCCAAAACGAGCAGGUGGAGUGCUGUCAGCAGUAACGUCGUCAAUGGCUUUAUCAAUUUCUUGUUUUGGACGGCGAUAAGACAUAAUACAUUAUACAAUGAUGUGGAUGAAAUUUAAAUAUUUACCAAAGAAUAAUUCUGUGCGAGUGUGUGACUGUGUAUCUAUACUAUUAACUAUAUAUUAAGUAUUUAUUCAGUUAAAAAAAAAUAAACAUUUUAAAUUUUAGAAUAUACUAGAAAUUUUUACUUUUUCUACUUUGUUAAAGAAGGGGUUUGAACCCCUUACCCCCCCCCCCUUCCCCCGUAGCUACAGCCCUGUCGUGGACUAUUACUCUGUAUUCUACGUCAUAAUACAGAGGAAGAUUUUUUUUUAUCACGAACCGGUAAUUUUCUCGGAGGAUUUUAAGUGAAUUUGAUUUCUGUUUUAUUUAAUCAUUAUGGAAUCGGUUAAGCUUUAGUAUAUAUUGGAGGAAUGGGGCAGAGUGUAAUCAUGUAAUUUAUUAUCCUUUUCUGCACCUCCAGUCUAAACUUUAAACGGUUAUAACUCAUAAACAAUAAAUCUGAUAUUAGGAUUAUGCAUAUCAAAAUUUCUAGAAAGAUAGUUUCUAUUCAUAUCUGUAUUCAAAAAGGAGAGUUCCAUUUUGAAAAACCAGAGUAUAUACUUAUUUAAGGUUUAUGGAGUAGGGGUGAAAAAUUAAAAAUAGUUUUGAAAUAAAGCUUAACCGAUUCCAUAAUGAUUAAAAUAACAUACAUCAAAUUCACUUGAAUUCCUCCGAGAAAAUCCGCCCGAUUUCGGCUUUUGCCUAACUAGUUGUACCUAAUAAACGUAUAAGCGUAAAAUCCCGUCGUUUUGUCCGUUUGAAAAAAAAAAAAUAAUAAUAAUAAUAAUAAAAAAAAAAAAAAGCCCCCUGACAUUUUUCGAAUAACUACGUUCGAGCGUGCGCACACACUGCCGCCGCGCGAGGACCGUACUAAUAACAACAACAACAACAACAACAGCAACAACAACAACAACAACAACAACUGAAAUAUAAUAAUACCGGUGCCCGCGAUGACGGUCGGGCGCCCGCGGCUUGUGUGUGCAGUUCGAACGAUUACGUACUGCCGCGCGUACGUGUGUUUGGACAAACAUAAUAUUAAACGCGCGUCGGCGGGAGAGGGGCGGUGGGCGGCGAAAAGGCAGGGCGCGCGCGCAUUAAAUUACGCGCGCGCGAGACAGAGAGAGGAUGCAAUAUCAUACGUGUAUUAUAUUAAUGUAUACAAUGCGAAACAUUCGCCAGGGCAUUAUUUGUGCGCACACACCGUGAUGUUUGUGUAUAAUACAUGUUUGUUUGACGGUCGCCUCUCUUUUAAUUGUUUGCCAGGCGAACGGUACGUUUACAAAUUUGUUUGCGAUCCCGAGGCGCUCUUCAACAUGGCGGCCACGUACGAUUACGCAGUCUCCGGUACGUCCGGAGGGCCUGCGAACGCCGCAGCCGCCGCCGCUGCCGCCGCCGCCGCGGCAGCCGCAGCAGUGGCCGCCACCGGAUCGACUGCGGGCCAUCACCAUCAUCUGCACCACCAUCAUCAUCACCAUCACCAGCAGCUGGCCUCCAGAUACGCGGCGGCGGCCGCGGCCGCGGCCGCCGUGGCCGCCGCGUACAACGGCCCUCAGCCGUCCGUGACCGGUACCUGCGGACCGGUUGACGACGACGGCGGCGGCGGCGGUGGCGGUGCCAAUGGCUACGGCGGUUACGGCAAACCCAUCACCGGCGUCACCACCGUCGCGGCUACGGCGGCCGCCAACGGGACGACAUCCACGCCGUCAUUGUCGUCGUCCGUGUCCUCGUCGUCGUCGCCCACGUCAUCGUUGGCCGCCGACGGCUGUGGUAAACUGCCGCGGUCCGAAGACCCCCGAAACGACGGUGACAAAACGGCGGUCGCGCAGGCCGGUAGACGACACCACCAUCACCACCAUCAACAGCACCAUAGCCAGCAACACCAACACCAUCAAAUAAAGGGAGAAAACGUUACUGCCGUCGAACGGCAUCUUCACCACCACCACCACCACCAGCAACACCAACAGCAACAGCAACAACAACUACACCGCGGAGAAAUGGCUGUCGAUCACGUGCAUCACCACUCGACGUUGGUCGCUACGGCCGAAGGAGGUUACUGGUCGGCCGGCGUAUUUGUCCGAUAGUAUUGGGUGAUAGUAUACGUUCCGAUUAAAAUGGGACCGUCCCUUUUUGGAACAUCAUGUCCCGCUCUUCCCGACAAACUACGAACGGGACGCUUUUCGUCCCGUUUCAAUCCCGUCAUCCGUGUAAUGUAAUGAACACAAAAGGUAAUAAUAUCAUCGUAUACUUCUACGGUGUAUCGCUAUAUGCGUACGAAAAAAAAAAAAAAACGAAAUAAAUAAUAUUUAUAUUGCUUUAUUUUGAAAAAAAAAAAAAAUCACAAUUGUAAAUAUAUCUAACAGUGCUCGUAAAACAUGCGUCGAGACUCGAGAUACGUUAAAAUAAAAUACAAUAUUCCCCCUUCCUCCCAUCUCCUUUUUAUUAUUAUUAUUUUUUUUUUUUGAUUAUUAUUUAUGCGAUCCCCGUCCCCCACAAACUGGUUAAGUAGCCCAUUGUCGAUAAUAGGGCAGUCCCCAUUAACGAUAUAAUACAAUUACAAAAUUAGACGGUACCCCAGGGUAGGACGAGGGGAUUCCGAUCUACGGUUCUCAGACAUCGUUUAUAACUAUUUUAAUCGCCCGGGGUACGUAGCAGCAUCGAUAUACCUGUGGCCGUAGCUCAAUAGAGAGGUGGAGUGGGGGGGGUUGGUUUAAAAAUCACAAAACACCGCGGGUAUGCUCGUAAAUACUAUAUCCAGUAUUGUAUUACCUAUGUACAGGCCACGGCCGUGAUUAACACAUCACCUCUAUGAAAUUCCCGGGGAGGAGUGAUCCACCCGUAGCCCUACUCUACUACUCCAUUAUGACAUGUACAAUCCAGUAAGUCGCUGCGAUAUGUAUUUAUACUGUAACGGACGCGUAAAUAUCAGCGAGAAAUUAAUUAUUUCGGGUACACUCGAAUUAACGACCCAACGCGGAUUAUUAUAAUUAUUGAUUCUCGUGGAAAUGAUCUCAUGCGCGUAUUCCGCCUAUAAAAACAUUGUCGACGGUCGGCAACGACGAAUAGUGACGAAAGUGAAUAUAGGACUUACCGUAAGAAGACGCGUGAUACGCGCGUCGCACAAACGUACGGUAUUUGUUGAAUUUGCGUUCAGCUCUGACGACUUUGUGCGCCACCGCUGGUCAGUGUAUGGUCGACCAAUAAUCAAGUUUAAUGAUUAUUGGUGCCGAAGGGUCGACGAUCGGUCUUGUCACUCCCACCAUCCCCGCCACUGUGUAGGUACACUUUAUAAGCCCCGGACGGCUUAAGAUUUAAAAAACAAAAAUUUAUUAAAAAAUCACGACUACGGAUUUUCGUUUUUUUUUUUUUUUUUCUAACCUAACUCUCGUACAUUUGUUCGGGGGUAAGUCGCAGUGGCGUACACCGAUUUCUCCGUGUACAGUAUUCCGCCCGCGCGUGCCAAUUGCUGACAAUAAUGUUAUUGUUAUUGUGUUGGUCGACGACGGUCGGUUACGGUUCGUUUUUAAAUAUUAACCGCGAACCGGAUAAUUCCGGACUGUACGAGUCCCCGAGAUUUCGUGCGAAAUCCUAAAGUUCAAUAUCGUCAGAGAAUCGUCGACGCCCAAAAUAUCCGCCCACCUCUAGUCAACAGCAUCCGUAUACGUACAACUUGAGUCGAGUGAUUUAUCGUAUAUACCUGUGCGGCUUGGUGCAAUAAGGGUCAAUGUAAAUUUUUUUUAAAAGUUUGCAUUUAUAUGUUAUUUUCUACACACAAAUUGUUUAAGUUUUUGUAAAAAUUGAAAAUAACACAAAGAUUUACAUUUAAUCAAAUACACAGAGCCUUAUGUGAAAUUAAAAUUUCAAAGCCCGUUUUGUCAAUAAUCACAAAAUGUGACUUUGGCCUUUAAUUCUCGCACUAAGCUACAUAUGUAUAUCCUAGGCAUAUAGUCAAAUCAAGCAUUUUAUCAAAUGCCAAGGCAAAUAGUCAAAUAAUUUAAUUUUUAUACUAUUUUACUAUCCAUCUAGACGUUCAACUAAAUGCCUAUUUCAAGUCAGGCAAAUAAUAAAAAUUAAAUGUUUCAGAUAAUUUUAAAAACUAAACUGUAUUUUCUAGUUAUUUAAUACUAUUCUACAAGUGUUACAGUUUCACGUAUGAAUACAAAUUUACCUUUGGGUACUUUGUUAUCUUCUAAGCCAUUAUUUAAAUCUAGAUGAAGUUCUUCUCUGGGUCACCAAUUUUUUAUUAUACCAACUGUUGUGCCGACUUGGUAAACUUGGUAGCAGAUAUUAUUCACGUUGAAAUACUUUUUCAAACUUUUAUUAAAAUUUAAAAUAUACAAAAAAAAAUAAUAGGCUAGCCACUAUAUCACAAUUACGUACACAGUAUACACGUAUAUACCAUGUAUUAAACUAAAUUAUAGUAGAAUUCAGUCAUGUUCUGUAUACUUUUCAGUAUUGUCAUAAUUUCGUUGUUAUUGAUAAGAUUAUAAUUUGUCCGGUGUUUAAUAUAGAUAAGAUAAAAUAAAAUAAUACUUUUCAAAGGUAAAAAACUGUGCAACUUUUAUUUUUAUUUGUAUUAUUAGAUUAAAUAAUAUUAAUGAGAAUUUAUUUGUAUUAUUUGCCUGACUUGAAAUAGGCAUUUAACUUAUUAACAAUUAACCUUAAUGUCUUGGCGAAUAGUAAAAUCGCAUAGAAAUUAAACUUUCUGGCUAUUCGCCUAGGCAUUUAGUAAAAUGCCUGAUUCGACCAUAUGCCUACGACAUAUAUGUAUAUUAAGUAUAUGCAUACGUUUCACCCGUGUCUGUUGUUCGAUCUCACGACACGAUUUUCGUAUUCAACGCGAAGCGUACUCAAUCAGUUUGAAUUUCAUAAUACACUCCGCUGUACCGUACGAUAAUAUUAUACACGAGUAUACAUUAACUCGAUAGGUACAUAAAUGAAUAAAUGUUAUCCCGCGUGUAUAUCCCGAUGUUUAGUACAACGAUAUGCUAUAAUAUUGUUAUCGUUAGCGUUUCUUUAUCGUUCUUCAUAAUAGAGUUUCAUUGUGGUAAUAUGUGUAACGAGAUAAUAAUAUAUAGGUAUCUAUGAUACUGUUAAAAUAUUAUUUAUAAUUAUGAGUACAUCAUAGUUCUUAGGGUUGAGUACUUUUAGCGUUUAAAAAACCAAAAAUACACAAAUUUUAUGUAUUAAAUGUGGUAGGUAUACAUGAAUUAUAAUAUAUUAUAUAAUAAAAAAACUAUUUUAAUCAGGUAAUAAAAACGUUUAAAAUCAAUAUUGCUGUCCCAGCUGUGUACCCAUUAUGCUUUUAAAUUUGUUUAGUACCUAUACCUAUAAUCAAAUAUGUAUUUGUUUGCGAAGCGACAAAAAUAUGCAAAAAUAUAAAAUUGUAAAUAUCCUUGUGUUAUGAAACAUAUUUGCAUAAUAUACAACACUCGUAUAUUUCUUGUUAACACGUUUCUAGACAAAUAUGAAAUAUACUAGAAGUCCUCAGCCCUAAUAAUAAUACACUUGUAUCAUAUAGGUAAUACGAUUUAUGAGAAAAUAUUAUGUACAAAU